UGCAAAUGGCCUUUGUUUUAGCAAUCUGAUUGUUUUUAAAUGAUCGACAACCGGUUUCUAUCAUUUGUACCUAAAGACGGGAUACACGACAAACUUUAGCUUUUCUUUCAAAAUCCUAUCAAAUCUGGCGCAUUAUUUUGUUCCAGUAAGCGUGUUUUCUUCCGAGAUAGUUGGCAGCAGUAUAAGUUGCUUGCGAUAAUUUUAUUGCUUUGCUUUGCUGUGUUUUAGUUUACCGGUAUAAAUAACCAGAACAAUAUGACCCUUAAUAAAUGUAAAUAACUAGCUUUUAAACCAAUAAGAUGAUUUAUACACAUAGUAUUUAUAAAUGAUGUAUAGCUCAAAACCCGGUCAUUCGAAGGCGGACGUUUUUGAAGAUGAUGAAUUAUUUGAAAAUUCUUCUUUUCUCACAAAUUUUGAAAACAGUUCCUUCAAAGAAAAGGCUGGGUUUUCUGAGAGUCAUAUAAAUGACUCUCAUAACACCAGUGAACUUAAUGUCAGCGCUUUGUGCUGUGAUGAGGAACUAAAUGGCUAUGACAAGUUAACUGGGAAAACAUGGAUCUACCCCACAAACUACCCAGUCAGGGACUAUCAGUUCAAUAUUAUAAAGGCAGCUCUGCUUAAAAAUACACUUGUAAGUCUCCCGACAGGCCUGGGUAAGACUUUUAUAGCCGCUGUCAUAAUGUAUAACUUCUACCGCUGGUACCCUCUUGGCAAGAUUGUGUUCACAGCACCCACCCGGCCUCUUGUUGCACAACAAAUUGAUGCUUGCUACAACAUUAUAGCUAUCCCGCCUAAUGACACCAUUGAAAUGACAGGACACAUGCAAGUAAACACUCGAAAAGCACAUUGGCAAAGCAAAAGAGUAUUCUUUGCGACGCCACAGGUUAUAUACAAUGAUAUCAUGUCAGGCAUAUGUCCCAGCGAUAAGAUCAGAUGUUUGGUGCUUGAUGAGGCGCAUAGGGCAAGAGGCAACUAUGCGUAUUGUCAAAUAGUUGGCAGCCUGACGGAUAUGGGACACAAGUUGUAUAGAAUACUGGCGUUAUCUGCGACCCCUGGGAGUAGAGUUGAAGACGUCGCUAAUGUAGUGAAGAAUCUACACAUAGCUCACUUAGAACUGAGGACUGAGAAUUGUUUAGACGUAGCUCCAUAUAGCCACGCGCGCAAGAUAAACACCGUUGUUAUCAAACUAGGGCCGCAAUUAACACAACUAAGGCAGCAGUACAUUGAGAUAUUAGACGGAUAUGCUCGCAGGCUGAAACAGUUCAACAUCCUGCCUCAGAACUUAGGAAAUCUGUCUAAAGGCCGUGUCGUUAUGAUGUAUAAAGAAUACCAGACAAAGGAGCGUAGUGCUAGGCAUCCGCAACACAACAUUAUAAUGAAAGACUUCACAAUUCUCAUUGCUCUAUACCAUGGCUUGGAAUUGCUCAUCAAGCACGGUUCCCGAGUAUUUCUGAACUUCUUCGAUGAACAUCCGGAGAAGUCCUGGAUGCAAGCUGAUGACCAGCUCACGGCUUUGUUGGAGAGGCUAAGAGAUGAUCUAGGAGUCAAUCCGCUAUCCUUGGACAGAAGUAUAUUGCCAGAUGGAACUAUACCUGAGAUGCCAAAAAAUUUAUGCUUCGGCCAUCCCAAAUUCGACAAGUUGAAGGAAAUCAUGAUGGAGCAUUUUAUUAAAUGUCAAAAGAAUGGUCAGGAUACCCGCGCUAUCGUGUUCUGCGAGUACCGCGAGAGUGUAAACCUCGUGCACUGCCUACUGCUUCAGUGCCGGCCUAUCAUCACGCCCAUGAUGUUCGUCGGACAAGGCGCCUCUGGCAAAGACGGCAAGACAGUGGUAUCUCAGAAACAGCAGCUGCGCGUGAUGCGCAGCUUCCGCGCGGGCGCGUGCAACGCGCUGGUGGCCACGUGCGUGGCGGAGGAGGGGCUGGACGUGGGCGCCGUCGACCUCAUCCUGUGCUUCGACGUCGCCUCGCGCUCGCCCGUGCGCCUCGUGCAGAGAUGCGGACGCACAGGCCGUGAGCGAGGCGGCCAGGUUCAUAUUUUAGUCACGGAGGGAAGAGAGCAUCAGACGUUACUAGACUGCAUGCGUCAACGGGAUGGUCUGAACAAAAAAGUACUCCAAUCACGCGAAGUUGAAAGCUGUUUGUACAAAAGUAAUCCUCGUAUGGUGCCUCACGAUUUUGUGCCCGUCUGUCAGAAGAUGUACAUCACUGUGGCCAAAAAACAAGACCCGAAGGAGAAGAAAGAUGGCAUUGAGAAAGCCAAGAAGGGUCAAAAAGAUCUAAGAACGAUGCUACUCGGCCGCGCGUCUUCAGGCUCAAGUACUUCCAGUAAGGAGGUCGAUGUUGGUACCUUGAUAUCUGAAGAAGAGUUCAACGAGAUGUUUCCAGACGGUUUCGACGACAGAAAAAGACUCCCAGCGCCUAAGGAGUACUGGGCUAUGAGCAGAGAAAAAUUAAAUGGCAUGGAGUAUGCAGAAGAUUUGAAACUGCACACGUGGUUGGAAUGGCAGAGAAGCUUACAGAAAACUGUCAACAUAGGGCAUUCAACGGACAGUGAAAUUUUGUCCGCCCUAUUGCAAUGUAGUGAUGCUAAGAGAUUUAAUAUGCCGCCAUCGACGCAAAAUCCAGUUUUCCACACUCAAGAUAUUGCAACACAAAAUUUAGCCAUAUCGUCCACACCUCGUUUUGUGCUUUCGCCAGCAAAAACUAAACAAACUAAGAAAAAGACAAAAGCUUUACCGAUAAAGUCGCCGGGAAAAAAUUAUGGGGAUAUUAGAGCUCUCUUUAGCACUGCCACCAAAUCUACUAAAAGUUACACCAAACUUAUUAACGAUUUAGGUAUACAAGACAAUGAAGGCAUACCAACACAUUUGAUAAAUCUACUAGUGGACUUAAGUUUAGAUAAUUCUAGCAAAACGGAAAAUUGCUACAUUUGCCAACAUUUAGGAGACUGCUCUUUUAUAUCAAACAUAAGAAAAGAAAGAAAGAAACUUCCAUUAUCUUUGAGAUUCCUUUUGGAGCCAAAAUUACCAAACCCCGAUUUGCUCGAUGAUGUCGAUGCGAAUAUGUUAUCAAAAUACGGAAAAAACAAUGAAAGUUUGAUCAAUCCAAAUAUUAACAAAAGCGUCGACAUGGACAAAAAUCUCAGUGGCAACUUUGACUUAGAUUUUGAUUUUUGUUCCCCUGAAUUUUACCCUGCAGGUAAUGACAAAACUCCUGUUAAAAGUAAUAAUAAUAGUAGUCCAGUUCUUAGUCUAAAUAAAAGUAAAAGCAAUUUCGAAUUGGAAUUAGAAUUCAAUUCGCCUCCCCCAGAAACAAAACCUACCAAUAAUUCCAGUGGAAAUGAUAAUUUUGAAAUUGGAGAUAUCGAAGAUAUCUUUGCUGAAAGCAGCCCUGAGGAAAAUAUCCAAAAGGAAAUAAUGGUAGUUAGUGACGAAAGAGUAGACCAAAGCAAAGUUAAAAAACAGGGACAAGACAAGAAGGACCCCAAUUCCGAAGGAGAAGCUUUAGGUUUCUUUGGACUAGAUAGUAUUGACGAUAUUUUCGCUGAAGACGAUAGUUUUGAUAAGCUACCUGAACCCGAUAUAAAUGACAAUAAAAUAAUAGAAACUGUUAGUAAAAAUAAGAAAAUUGAUGUACCCGAUUAUGAAAAUCCACGCAGCCCGUCUAUUUUAUCAGGAAAAGUAAUUCCUACUUCGCCAAUACUCGGCAGCCAAAUAAAUACCAAACUUAAAAAGUUAAGUAUGAAGAAAAAUAUGAUUCCGACUACACCGAUAAGUGAUAUAAGUAAAACUGAAUUUAUACAUUCGCACAAAAGUUUGGCUGAUAGAAGUAAUAAUAAGAGUAUGUUCACGAUCACACAACUUGUUGACAUGAUUAACAAAACUGACAACGGGAAUUUGACAUUACAUAAUUCUAAUAUAAAAAAGGAUAACAGUAAAGUGGAAUUGGAAAAAGGUGACGAAAGGAGCAACUCUCCAAUUAUUUUGACACAAGCUGAUAAAAAGAAAUCUAUGAAUAUUUCUCUCACAAACAAAUCCAAUAAAAAUUUAUCAAAUAAAAGUGAAAGUCUCAUAAUACUGGACAGUGAUAGUGACUCGUCUGAUGAUACACAAAUAUAUGAAUGUGAUUUUGAAAGAAGUAAAGAUUCAGUAGCAAAUUCUAGUAAGAAAAAUGAAACAGUUUUGAACCCAAGUCCAGCACCCGUUACUAGCAAAAGAAAGCUAGAUUUUGAGGAUGACGAUUUUGCAACUUCAUCUCCGUAUUUCAAUAAAAAACAUAAACCGAAUCCAGGUUCUAAAUCGCUUAGUUUAAAAGAAAAAGUGUUAGCAGCAUUGUCAUCCAACAAAGUAUUUCCAUUAUCCCAAAAAAAUAAUGAUCCUGACGUUAAUUUCAUGACAUCUCCAGUAAUAAAAUUGUCGCAAAAGGAAAAUCAGAAUCCUUUUGGUGACUUUAUUAGUAACAAAAAAAAUACAGAGAUUGAUAAGGAGAAGGAAUGUGUAAGUGAAGAUAAAAUAGAAAUGUUACAAAUGUUCAAAAGGCAUAGUAAAGUGAAAAGUCCUAAGAACAUUAUGGACAAUAUUUUGAAAAAUAAUGUGUCCAGUCAAAAACGAAAGAUGUGUUUCGAUAGCGAAGACGACUUCGUUUCCGAUGACGACAGAAAUCCGCGGCCCUCUAACGAUGACGUCAAAAAGAAGAGUCUAAUUAAUCACAAAGUACGAAAAAAAAAGAAGCCGAACUCAUUCCUAGAGUUGGAGGCGGCGCUGUCGGGCUCGGAGCCCAGCUCGGACGAGCUGAGCGACGCGAGCGCCGGCAGCCUGGCCGACUUCCUCUGCGACGACGACGCCGCGUCGCCCGACAUACACGCGCACUAUCUGCGCUCUAUCAAGAGCCCGGUGAAUAACGGUGUAUUCAAGAUACCACUAUUACCUCAGAAGUACAAUAAAUCUGAUCUAUUCUCGCAAUUUGUAGAAGAGGAUAAUUAUGAAAUGGAUAGUUUCUGUGUCGAUUCUCACAUCGGUUUGACACAAGCCAACGACGUAUCUGAGUUAGAGCUCGCCGAAAUUGUUCUAGAAGAAAAACGUAGAGCGAAACGAAAUAAGUCUCCAAAAACCGUUACCGACGAAAGUGGAGACAGUCCAAUAGUUAGAAGAAAGAAUAAAAUUACGAGGCAAAUACAUAGCGACUCUGAUGAUAGUAGUUAGCCCAGCUGGUCUGGGUCCUACUCAUGGAGCUUGACAAUCUUAUUUGUUUCGGGAGCGAUGUUUCAGGUUCAACCGCCAAUUUAUUUAGUAACACCAAAGGGAGGAUCUUCCGCCAGUCUAGGAUUUCUUUUUCCUCCAAUCCAUAAAAAUUUUGCUACCGUAAUUUACUCCUCGUUUGUUAACAUAUGUUCCGGGGGUAAAUCCCAGAUUCUGCCUCGUUUUUCUGGAGGGGAGCCCGAGAUGCGAGUUUUAAUUAUGAUCUAGAUUAGGUAAAUCAGGUUUUUACACGAACCGACUCUCUUCCGACCUCCGCAACCUUUGCAGGGGAAUCUGAACAAUUUUGGAUCAUGGUAAAAGCUGCAAUGGGUAGAUGAAUGUAGAAAGAAAGAUGAAAUGAGAGAAGAUAAGGACUUUGUAAAGUAAGUGAAUAAUUGGACUGUGAUACGUAGCAUUUGCACAGGGAUAAGACUAAAUGGUUUUGUAACUAAUACUAAGAGUGUAGAUGUUACACUCAGUGCCAU